AUCAUGACUUAGGCAGCAUCAAGAUGAAGAUUCCUCCAUUCCAAGGAAAAAAUGAUCCAGAUGUGUAUUUGGAGUGGGAAAAGAAGGUGGAAUAUGCCGUUGAUGGAGAACUGCUUGUCACUAGGCGAGCUUUGAAUGUGCAAGCCAAAGAAUAUGAUGAAGUACAACGUGACAAUAUAUUUCACACGAGAUGCCAUGUCAAAAACAAGGUAUGUAGUGUGAUUAUUGAUGGUGGUAGUUGUACUAAUGUAGCUAGCACUGUUUUGGUUGAAAAGCUUAAUUUACCGAUGAUGAAGCAUCCAAGGCCAUAUAAGCUGCAAUGGUUAAUGAUUGUGGAGAAAUUAAGUGUUGUUAAAUCUCUUUUGCAAGACUUCAAGGAUGUGUUUCCAGAUGAUGUUCCUAAUGGUUUACCACCAAUAAGAGGAAUCGAGCAUCAAAUUGACUUCAUUCCUGGUGCAACAAUUCCAAACCGACCCACAUAUCGAAGCAAUCCCAAUGAGAUGAAAGAACUUCAAAGGCAGGUCGAAGAACUCAUGAAAAAGGGACAUGUGAGAGAAAGCAUGAGUCCAUGUGCAGUUCCAGUGCUACUUGUGCCUAAGAAGGAUGGGACUUGGCCUGAUGGAAUUGCAGUAGACGAAGAAAAGAUUAAGGCUAAAGAAUGGCCAACACCUAAGAAUAUUUCUGCGGUUUGGAGUUUUCAUGGUUUGGCGAGUUUCUACCGGAGAUUCAUCAAGGACUUCAGCACAAUUACAGCUCCAUUGACUGAGAUCGUGAAAAAAAGUGUUGGAUUUAAGUGGGAAAGUAUUGGCAUUGGCACUGUUUUGAUGCAAGAGCGACGAACUGAGCAAUAUGCAAAUCAGGCCAACAAAGGGUGCAAGAAAGUUGUGUUUGAACCUGGAGAUUGGGUUUGGGUGCAUAUGCGGAAGGAGCGAUUCCCUGCACAAAGGCAUUCUAACUCGCAACCAAGAGGCGAUGGACCAUUUCAAGUGAUUGCAAGGAUAAACGACAAUGCAUACAAGUUGGAGCUUCCUGGUGAGUAUAAUGUUAGUGCUACUUUUAAUGUUUCUGAUCUUUCUCCUUUUGAUGUAGGUCACGAUUUGAGGACAAAUCCUUUUGAGGAGAGAGGGAAUGAUGGGAAUCAAGAUGACCCCACAGAUCUGGGUUGAUAACAACAUACAACAAGCAAAUCGAAGCUUGGAUGAUUAUCAAGGCAUGGUAAACAUCAUUCA